AUGAUUCUCGGUAGCCAGGCAGACAAAGCUACUAGCUCUCGGAUGGUAAAUGAAAUUCCAUCUAUUCAAUGCCGUCUGAAGAUGCAAAGCAACUUAGUCAUGGUUCCUUCUAAUACGAGACUCGUCAACUAUCAACAAUAUGGGAGGCCAUCCAGACCUCCCAUUGCAAAAACCGAAAGCGACAAAGAUGAAGCGAGAAUCGAGUUCAAAGCCCUCAUCGCAGAACUGAUGAAAUUGAAGCUAGUGCUCAUCGAUCUUGGUGAAGCGCGUCUCGAAAAGUCGAUCCAAAGAAAACUCAUAGUUGCCAAAAAGUCGUUAAAAGUAUCGAAGAGUAUUGCAGGAUGUCAGAAGGGAUGUUUCGACGAACAGAGAUUCAUAGCAGACGAGGAGGAGUUUGUUGCUACCAGACGCGCAGAAGUGACGUCAGAGCUUGCAGUACUGGAAGACAAGAUACGCGAGGUCCUCGAUUUUCAAAGCGCAACGACAGUGGAAAGAGAAAACACUUCUUCGGAGAAAGAAUGGAAUUACUUGAACCCAUUGUAUCUCAUGCCUUAA